AUGGCACCUAGAUAUUCUGUGCUUCCUCGAAGGGAUAGUUUUAAGUUGGAGGUUGACGAGAGAAUCGUCGAGUACAAAGCACCACGGUCGCCCAUCAUUCGUCUACUCAGUCGCACAUUACUAAGAUAUGCUGCGUGCCUGGCAUCAUUGCUCCUCUUGAUCAAUUAUCUUCUGAGUUGCAUCCCCUCGGCGCCAUUGGAUUCCGAGUUAUGGAAAACCAUCACAGAAGAGAAAGGAACCGGCGGUAGAUGGCAUAUCCCAAAAUCUUGGUUACUCGACGCUCCAUCGCUGCCCGCCGGCAUCGCGAAAACCCCCAAAACAUCUCUCGAAGCAGCGGAACUCGCAUACACGCUGGCUACAGGACAAAGUCAAUACAUGGAAUACUCCUCAAUUCCUCUAAUAGUGCAUCAAACAUGGAAAACAAUGGAUCAUCGUCUAUGGUCAUCAGGCAUCAUUCGCGCUGUUGGGACUUGGCUUUCAUAUUGCCAACCAGCACCCAACUCCCACGGUGUAAAGAUGGCGUACAUACUAUGGGAUGACGACGGGAUAGAGGCAUUCAUGAAUAAGUAUGAACCAGAUUUUCUUGAUAUCUUCUGGACGCUGCCUUCGAUCGUGGAGCGCACCGACGUCUUCCGGGUUCUUGUCUUGAAAUGGUUUGGGGGAAUUUAUGGUGAUGUGGACACGGAGCCUCUACGCGCUCCUUCAUCAUGGAUACAGGGAAUAGAUCUUAAGAAUUGGACGGAUACUAAGCUACACGCAUCAUAUGGUGCCCCUCCUGUGCGACCUGUCCACCCUGAGCCAUCAAGAGUCCCAUCACCCUACGACCUUCCUUCUAAGUUAGCGCCAUCGCCAUCAUCGGCCUCUAACCCCAUCCACUAUUCGCAUUCACUCAAGGAAUCCACAGUCUUACCAUCCGAUCCCCUCGUAGGCGCCAUAUUUGGCAUUGAGGCUGAUUACCCAGAAGAGAGCGACGCCUAUUGGCGCGCUGGUUAUGGCUUCCCAACCCAGCUCACCAAUUGGGCGCUUGCCAUGGCACCUCAUCAUCCCAUUGCCACCCGUUUCCAAGACACAGUUCGUGAAGAUGUUGAAGAAGAAGAAAAGGAAGGUACCCUGAUGACAGCAUAUGCCGUCGACCUGACGGGGCCCGUGAUGGUGACGAGGGUCGUCAGUAGGUGGCUUGCUGAUACUGCAGGGUUGCGAUGGAUGGCAGUGACAAGCCUAGAUUUCAGGAGUAGCGCACCGCCCAGCAAAAUUGUUGAAGACGUCCUCAUACUGCCCAAGUCCGGCUUCCAUCCGUCAGCGAGCAAAAUUCCUUUCUUCCGAGGGUUCAAUGAUCCAGCUGCGCGCUUAACACAUUAUGCUCAGGGUUCAUGGCGCAAAUUCAACCCACAUGUCGAAUUCGGGAAAUUCUGUCGGACUUUCUUUGGACUUUGCAGGGAUUGGGGGAAAGAGCCUCCUAUCAUCCAACAGCACCAUUCGUCCAUUGAUUCGGCAUCGAUGACAAUGAAGUCCCAACACCAUUCGUCAGGUGUGGGACCACAUUCAGCAGCUGCACAACCCACGACAUCAGUUGCAAUCGCAGGACGGAUUGCGAUAGAUACUGGAAGACUAUGA